AUGGUUGGUACUGAAUUCCGUCUAUACACUAAGCACAUUGAUAUCGCGCUGACAGAGACGCGAACCAGCUUAAAACGCGACAUCUACUGGGAAAACCCCUCCGAUCACGUGAUGACGGGUAUUUCCAUGUUUGCAAACUUCGUGUUUAUGUUGAAGUCUUCAUCCAUGCAUGGUAGCAUGACUUCCGUUAUUCCAUCGGCGUUGAGUUAUUGCUGCAAACGGUAUAUUCAUGGAUCAGCGAAAUAUUCAAAAGGAAAAAAGAUAAGCUCCCAACUAUGGUUGAUGAGGCAACAAAAGGACCCGUACGUCGAGAAAGCUGCAGCAGAUAAUUAUCUGUGUCGCAGCGCCUACAAGCUGCUGGAGAUAGAUGACAGACACAAGCUGCUUCACCCGGGAGGCGUGGUCAUCGACUGUGGUGCAGCGCCUGGUUCCUGGACGCAGGUCGCACUGGAGAGAGUCAAGGAGCAUGGACAAGUAGUCAGUAUAGACCUGCAGCCAAUGACUGCCAUACAUAAGGCUGUCAUCUUGAGUGAAAGAGACUUCACUGCACCAGAAACUCAGGAUGAAGUAAAGCAGCAUUUAUCAGGCAGGCUGGCCGACCUUGUUAUGAGUGACAUGGCUCCCCAGGCAAGCGGAGUGAAGUCCCUUGAUCAUGACAGGAUCAUCAGCCUGUGUGUGGAGACAGUAAAGUUCAGCUGUGUCGUGCUGAGGGAGGGGGGCGCUGUGCUGUGUAAACUGUGGCAGGGGGCUGAGCAGCCUAGGUUGGAGCAUAUCAUGAAACAGUUAUUCACAACAGUGAGGGUGGUUAAACCAGAUGCCAGUCGACCUGAUUCAGCAGAGAUAUUUCUCCUUGGAAAAAACUUUACUGGGAAAAGACCACCUCAAAAGAGCUGACAAAAUGCUGUUUUGUAAUAAGCUGACCAAUAAAAGGUUAGCUUUGAGCUGAUGUAGAUUGGUA